AUAUAUCUUCUACUAUAAAGAUCCUCAUUUUAUACAUUAAUUUCUAUCAUUAAUUAAAAACAAAAGCUUCACUUGAUGUUUUAUGAAUGAAGUAUGAAAUUUUAAUUUUAAACCAUCUUAUGCAUGUGCUCUCAGCCAUAUUUGAAUACUGGAUUCUCUUGUAAUUAAAUGAAUUUAAAAAAAAUGUUUCUUUGUUUCUGUAAAUUAGUAAAUUCUAAUAAUAUUCUUAAAGGUUGCUAGGCAAGAAUGAUGUGGUUCGCAUCUUCAGCCAAGGGCAGGUGCAGUAAAAAUAGACUGGUAGACAGACAAUAAACAACCCUUUGCCAAGACUAUGUGUGCUGCAAAGGAAUCAUGUGUAAGGUUUAUUGACUUAAUUGUGUAAAAUUUGUUAAUUGCUUAAAAUGAUUACUAUGAUUAUCACAAAAUUGAUUAAGAUGCAGUUUCCAUUUAACUGAUUGAACUUAAAGCUUGUAAUGUUAUGCUAAUUUGUUUCUGCAAUAAUCAUUGAAUCCUUCUUGUUUCAAAUUACUUUUAAACGCUAUUCUUCUUAUAGUCUAUGAUGCAGAGCCAUUUUAAAAAAAAAAAAAAUUAAAUUCUGUAGGAUAGUUGGUCAUUUGGGGCUUAACUUAUGGUCACUUCGAACAGAUAAAUAAGUUUUAAGUUUUAUUUUUACCAGUUUUGGUUUGAGCUUAUGAUGUAAAAAGAAAAAAAAAGUUUCUAUAUUUAAUAUUUGCAAAUUAAUAUUAUUUAAGACAUAACUAGAGAAAACAAAGUACAAAAUUGUUCACAUCAGGAAUUGCUAAAAUCAGACAUAAAAGACAGGAAAAUUGUAUCACCUUGCAUCUAUGUUCCAGCUAGAUUUUCCAUUUAGAUUUUCUACAUUUUCCUUGGGCUUUUAUAUGCUCUUGCAUUGCUGCCUUUUGGCUAAUAAGAAAUGGGCUUUAACAUACUCAAAUUUCACAUUGUAAACUGUGCACAAAUAAAGACUUAAUUUAAAGUAAUACAAAAUGUUAAUGUCUCAAUAGGGGAAACUUAUUACAUUAUAUUAAUGGCUAUGUCUUGAAUUCAGAUUAAUUAAAGUCUACUUGGGAUGGAAAUUUGAAGAGGGAAAGGAAGAGGUGAGCUGUGAGGAGUGACCAUGAAGCCACCUUUGACUGUGGAGGCAAAGGUGGCAGAGGAACUUCGUAAUUGGUUAGCUUCUGAGCUAGAACAGCUUGAUGCUUCCAACACCAAGUGAGUUUGAUAUAGUGCUCAAUUUCUGCUUGCAUUGAAAAUGUAAAGUCUCUUGCUAAUAUCCAGUCUAAUGUAAUAUUUAAAAUGUGAAUGUUUUCUUCCAUAGAGAUUAUGUGUAAGAGACUCAUGUGAAUUCAAACUCCGUAUAUCACUUUGUUAUGGCUUUAUUUGAUUAUCUUUUUUCAAGCCAAUUUGCCCAUCACGUUGUGACAAUUUUGUUGCAUGAAGACUUAGACAUCGAGGACGAGCCCCUUACUGCUGGGGAUGACUUCUUGCAGGAUAUAUAUAGCAUUAAAAGAGGGAAAACUCGUGAUAGACAAAAGAAGGCUGCUGUUCAAUUUCUAAGAAGUGCUGUAUGCUGCGUAAGUUUAGAGGAAGUGAAAUUUAUUAUAUAAUUAUGCUUUUUAUUUUCCAUUUUGAAAUGGAUAGAUUUAGAUUUGUUUUUUUAAAAAUGAGAGUAGUCAAAUGAAGCCUUAUUUUCUAUUGUUUCUUAACCAUAGAAUUUAUUUUAUUUAGAAUGAAUCUGAUGAAGCAGAAAUUCAGGGUGUUGUUGACGAAUUGAUGGUAAAAAUUGACGAAACUAAGAACAGAAUGAACAAUAAAACCUCUAAAAGAAGUAAGUCCAAACCAUGUGACGGAGACCUAUAAAUUAAAAAAAUAACAGGAAUAAUAAAUUUAAAGGGAAUAAUUUAAUAUAUGCAAUAGAUAUAUAUUUAUUAACAUUUCUGUGUAUAUCUUUUUUAAGGUUUACUUGCCCCUAUUGCCAUCAAUGUUAAGACUGCAGCUACUCAGACAUGCUCUAAAAGUGAUGGCAGUGAAGAGGAGAGGUAUGCUUUAAAAAAAUGAAUAAGUUUUGUUUGGUGAACUCAGUGGAAAGUGUGGUGUGAAAAGUGACGUCUUGCAUUGGAACAGCUUUAUGUACAUAAUACAUUUCUUAUAGCCUGUCAAUUAAUCUAACCCGGCUGCCACUUUCAGCACACUUCUGUACAGACUUAUCCUAAAAAAAGGGGUCACUGACCGCUGUGUUUUAGAUGGGGGACUUGUGAAUGUAAUAAAAUGGGAUGUAGUGAUUUAAAUAGAGUAAAACUGGUGGUUUGUGGCACGGUUGUAAAUGUUAUUUAAUGAAACGUUGAAAUUAGAGGAUAAAAUUGAAGCAUUUAAAGGACGACUAAAACAUGAACACAAAAACCAUUAGAGCUCGGCUACAGUAUUUAUUGUCUUACUUACUACUAUGUAAUAUUAUUUCGAAUGAGAUUAGGCAUUUAAUUUGUUUCUGACUUGCAUUUUAAGGGCAUUUUAUCACUUUUAAAAAUUUUAUCUACACUUCCAAAUUUAUUUACUAAUCACGUAAAACCUGUACAAAUGCUUUCAUGUAAACAGUUUACAAUGCAUACAUUUUUUAAAAUUUAUUGAUUAUUUAUUCUAAAUCAGGCUGUAUAAUGAAGCAUUCCCAUCUUUGGCCACUGAGGAAUCUCCAAACAAAGAAGGUUUAGCUCGUCUUAACAACAACUCUGUAUGGAACAGGUCAUCUCCCAUGGGCAAAGAAAAUAAUAAAAAGAAAAUGCGAAGAAAGCUCUGCCAGUAUGCUCGUAGGCAAAGCUACAUGUUUAGUUGCCAAGAAGAAGCUCAAGCAUGUAGCAUAGCCAGAGAGGUUGCUGCCUUAGCCCUGGCUGAGACUUCAUUACCUAAUGCAGAAGCCACAGAAGUUUUCCCGUCCACAUUGUAUGACAGCUCACCAUCUUCUUUCAUUGACAGCCCUGGCUGCUGGAAAUCAGCUUUUCGGACUGUCAUUCUCACUAAAGUCUUUAUUCCCUCAUUGGCCCCAAUUCAACAAAACAGACCCAUGUCCAGCAAUCCCAUUUUAAAGGUAUUUUCUCCCAAAAUUAUACAAGGAAUUUGUGGACCCUUUUUUAGUGUUUCAGACCCAUCUUUUGAUUUUCAACUUACUUUUAGAGAUCAAGAUAUGCCUCUUAAAAAAUUUCACCCAGUUCAUGAUGAGACAACUGAACAUCUCUUUCCCCAAGAAGAGGAGCAUUGCCUUGAUGUUGGCAGUGAGACAAGGUUUGCAGAUAUUGAAGUAUGUAAGAUUUUUGCAGCCCGUUCACAUAGAGAAGAAGAGCUGAGAAGCAAGGUGCAAAAACUGAAGAAGGCAAAGACCAAAGUUGACACACCAUAUCAAAAACAGAAAGACUCAGAACUUGAUGGAGUACUGCAGUUUCCUUACCAUUGUGGAGAUUUCUGGCAGGAAUUAGUUUACAAGGGUGCUGUUGCUCUGUACCCUGAUUUAAACAGACGAGAUAAAGUUGGGAGUGAGACAGAUGGCGAAACAUUGAUGCACUCUCGUUCUGCUUCAAAGAUAAGCAUUUUGGUUACGCCAAGGGCAGUCAAAGAUCUCUCCCUGUUAUGUCUUGAAGCUAUUGGAAGUCACUUUACACCUGAUACAAUGAAGAAGUUUGUAGUAAACUAUAUUUCCAAUGUUGAAUCUGGAUGUGAGAUAAGGAUUGAACCGAGGAAUAUAGUUAAAUGCAUUGUUGACACUCUUCUGGAACGAAAAGAGAAAGCCUUGCUUUUAUCUAGAUGUAAUAUAACUGACCAUAGAAUGCAGGAAAAGAUUUACAUUGAUAAGCUACUUCAUAUAUGUAUGGCUACUUUGAAUGACUUUUUUCAAUUUGGACCAAAAAAUAAGGUCUGGUCUACAGAAAAUAUGGCAUUUGAGGAAGAUGCUACAUAUGCAAGUAUAUGUUCCAACCCAGGACUGCCUCAAGAAGAUCAUUGGCAAGCUGUUAAGAGUGAAUCUUACAUGAGUGGAUUUGGGUACAGUGAUGUGGACAAAAAUAACUUAACUGACGGCCCCUUAAAAUGUAGCUCUGGUAAACUGCAAUCAGGUGACUAUGUGGCCUUUAGCUACACAGAUGAGAUGAUGGGGUCCAACUCUGGUAGUCUUGAUUUGUCAGAUGGUCUGUUUGCUGAGGACAUGAUGUACUUUAGUGAAGAAGGUGGCCCUCCAAGUAUUAGUGGCUUCUCACCCAGCUUUCUUGAUAAGAUUGACUUACGGUAUCUUGAUGAUCUUGAUGCCAGAUCAGUAGAGAAUGAUCCAAGCGGACACUUUAAAGCAGCACUCACAUUUAAAGAGAAAAUCCUGCUAUGGAGAAACAAUGUGCAGCCAGCUUUUUUAAUUGAGAAAUGGCCAGUGGUUCAUGAAGGAUUGGGAUACGAUGACUCCUGGCUUGGCCAGAAGAAUUCCAAGAUUGAUAGUUUUGCUCCUUCAAGUCCAGGUUAUCAUCUCACAGCAGCAAUGCAGGCAGCUGACAUUGAAACUUAUGAUCAACAAGACAUGGGGAUCUUCUCUUCCGACCAAAAGCAGUUGCAUUGGGAAAAUCCCUGGUCUCUCACUAAAUGGGACUCCAUAUGCCAAGAGGUGCUAACAGGCAUUAUGGUUGGAUGCACCUCCUGGGGCAAUCACACAAGUCCCCCAAAUCCUUUCAUG